UCUAAGUCAACGAAACUUCCGACAGUUCUUUCUCUAUUCGUACUCCAAGAUGGGUAUCAGUCGUGACAAUUUCCACAAGAGGCGCGCGACCGGUGGCAAGCGCAAGCCCCUCCGCAAGAAGAGGAAGUUCGAGUUAGGACGUCCCGCUGCCAACACAAAGCUCGGAGCUCCUCGUAUUCAUAAUGUAAGGACUCGAGGCGGAAAUGUUAAGUACCGCGCUCUGCGCCUGGAUUCCGGAAACUUCGCCUGGGCCUCUGAAGGUGCUGCCCGCAAGACUCGUGUCAUUGAUGUCGUCUACAACGCCUCAAACAACGAGUUGGUCCGUACAAAGACUUUAGUCAAGAACGCCAUCGUCGUCAUUGACGCCACACCAUUCCGCCAAUGGUACGAAAGUCACUACGUCCUUCCAUUGGGCCGUAAACGUGACCCCAAACACCAACAGAAGGACGAUGAGAACGACGUCCUCAACAAGAAGCGCAGCGACCGUGUCAUGAAGAAGUAUUUGGCACGACAAAAGUACGCUAAAGUCGAGCCGGCUCUCGAGGAACAGUUCUCGUCCGGUCGUCUUCUAGCUUGCGUGUCGUCACGCCCCGGACAAUGCGGACGCGCCGACGGAUACAUCCUCGAAGGCAAGGAACUGGAAUUCUACAUGAGGAAAAUUAAGUCGAAGAAAACAAAAUAAACAAAUGAGUGACUAAUAAACUUAGUUACGUAAAAUUUUUAAAUA